AUGUACCCACUGUCUGUGCUACUAUUGCUGUUCCCACAAGCGCAGUUCAAAACAACACAUAAUCCUUUCAUUGUAUCAGGUAAUUUCGAAGAAGAUUUUGAGGAUUAUUUGACAGAGUUUUAUGGUACAGGAUCUACCACAGAGCCUACCAAAGAAAAAUUCAAACGUAAGAUGAUUAUUGUACCCGGAAGACAAAUACAUAUAAGUAAUGAAGAAUACUGUAGCCACGCAAUCCUGUUUAAAAAUAUUCACAAUAAGUUGCGCUGUGUGAAAGAACACUACUUCCUCCAAGAGCCAUACGAGGAGAUAAGAAAAAUCUGUUACAACUCAUUUAUAAAAUGUAAGAAUGGCAUUAGAAAAUGUAACAGGAGCAAGAAAAUGAUGGAAGGACUGUAUUGUAAAUUAAGAAGAGGAACCACAUCACCAGACUGUGAAUAUGAAUCAUUUUAUAAGAGAGGACUUGCCAUUAUCACUUGUAAGUGGCAAAAUUCAAUUGGAGAACUUGUUCCUGUUAGCAUAAAUGAUAUAUCGAUGCCAUAUAGCUAUUAGGAAAGCCACAUCCACCAGGAAGCUGUCUUCCUUCCACCUUUCUAGCAGAGACAACCAGCUAGGGAGGGA